AUGCAGAACGUUGCAUACUACAUUAAGAACUUGCCAUUCGUGAUCGACCGUCAAUUUCCAUGUUUCUUGGUGGAUAUCUGCGGACCGUUCAUGAGUGUGUUUGGAAUUGUAAACACGAGUGACGAAGAUGCGAUUUGCGAGCCUCUAGUCAUGAGCUUCCCGCUACUUUUUUUCGACAACGAGUGGUUGAUGGUAUCGUUGGCACGUAUGUGCGCAUCCUUGAAGGUUGCUGUCCAGGAGCUGACGAAUUUGUGCUACGAGCUCAGUGCUAGUCGUCAAAACCGUGCGUUUGGUCUGCGUUCAAGUACUCUCGAUCGACUAAGAUUCCCAUAUAAAGAUUCUAUCGAACGCAACGGCGCGGACAUCUCAUUUCAGUAUUUGGAAGUGGUGCAGCGGUUUGUUUUCAAGGCGCAUCACGCUGGAAAUAACGUUAUCAUCAAGUUCGCCAAGCGGUACGGGAGGGAAGUCCAUGAUUAUUGUUCAAGCGCUGGAUUUGCUCCCAAACUGCUGUUCUGCGAAUUUUUACCUAAUGGUUGGGUAUUCGUCGUUAUGGAGCAACUUCCAUUGUGUCCCCUUCGUCAGGCCAAUGGCAUGAUAGUUCGUGAUCAACUGCUGAAGAUCGAAAACACUCUAAAAGAUGGAUCUUUCGUCCAUGGUGAUCUUCGGGAGCAUAACGUGAUGUGGGAUUCCAGUAAGAACCGAGUCGUGUUGAUCGAUUUCGAUUGGUCAGGAAGGGAUGGUGUUGAUACGUAUCCACCAUUUAUGAAUGAUGAAAUAGCAUGGCCACCAGGAGCAGUGUGUGGCGAGCCGCUUCGAGUUGACCAUGAUGCGUAUUGGAUUGCUUCGAUAGCUGCCCGAUUGACGUAA